AUGGUAUUUAUCGCACCAUCAUCAACCAAUGCCACCGCGCUGACGUACAAUGUAGCUGCCAAUGAAAAGGCGUGCUUCUACCUCUUUGCUGAUACACCUGGCAAGAAAGUCGGAUUCUAUUUUGCUGUACAAUCGGGUGGAUCGUUCGACAUUGACUUUGUAGUGCAAGACCCACGAGAAAGAAUUGUAGUGGAUGGCCAAAAGGCACGGCAAGGCGACUAUGUGUUUACUGCGAAUCAUGUUGGCGAAUACUCGUUCUGUUUCGCGAACGAUAUGUCGACGUUUGCCGAGAAGCUUGUCGAUUUUGAAAUUACGCUUGAACACGAAGUCAGACCCAACUACCAAAAGACUUCCUCGUCGGCGGCGUCGCAGGCUCCCGAACCCCUGAGUAACAUGGAAGAAUCCUUGUUCCGUCUCUCUGGAUCGCUCACUAGCGUCGCACGCACUCAAAAGUACUUCCGGACGCGUGAAAACCGUAACUCGAGCACUGUCAUUUCCACCGAGAGCAGAAUCUUCUGGUUUGCCUUGUUGGAAAGCGCUGCCAUCAUUGUUAUGGCCUUUUUGCAAGUCUUUGUCGUCAGAAACUUUUUCAGCGUCAAGAAAGGAGGUGUAUAA